GGUAUAUAAGAUCGCACGGCGGCGGUUCAGGUGCGCCACUCACUCAGCCGAGACGCGAGGUGCUUAUAGGCGAGAGUCCUAACGUGUAGGUGUGCGCUCGCUUCAUCUGUGCAAGACGCUGCAAUGAAGGAGUUGCUGGCGGUGCUGGUGGUAGUGGUGGCUGUGAGUGGGGCACCUCAGUACAACCAAGCUUCCUACUCCCUUGGUCCCCAGAAAUAUGUGAGAGAUGAGUAUGGGCAGUACCACCCUGUUUCUGGGCCCCCUGUCGGCCCACCCUUCGGCGUACCCUUCGUCCAAGGAGGACUUCCCCAGCACGGCAGCGCAUCCCUGAUCCACCAGCAACCAUUCCCGUCACACCAGCAGCAGUUCCCGUCACAUCAGCAGCAAUUCCCAUCACACCAGCAGCAGUUCCCGUCACACCAGCAGCAGUUCCCGUCACACCAGCAACAGUUCCCGUCCCACCAGCAGCAGUUACCUUCUCAUCAGAACCAGCAAUUCCCAUCCCAUUCAGGGGGCGCUGACGUGCCCUACAUCCCUCUGCCUCCUGACCCCAACCCCCCAAAGCCCUCAGUCACGCCAGGAGUCAACACUCAACUCGGUGGAGGCUUUGAUGUGUCCGCCUUUGCGCGCACCAAGGCCGACAAGAAGGAUAAGAAGACUGAGAGCAGCUAAGCUUCCUUAAGCCGACCAGCAUCAGCGCCUCCCUGCCCCGAGGCCCCGCGCGGUGCUGGGGACUGUUGCUCGCUUCUCACCUCACCCUGAAAUUUGUAGCAUGAUUCUUUCAGCCACGAGUAAAGCCCAAAAAUGUU